GUAUGUGAACUGUGCCCGGCAUGAUGAAGAGCAGAACCUGGUGGCCUUUCAGUAUCACAGGCAGAUUUUCUACCAAACCUGCCAGGUCGUCAGGCCGGGCUGUGAACUGCUGGUCUGGUACGGGGACGAGUACGGCCACCAGCUGGGCAUCAAGUUGGGCCGAAAGUGGAAGCGAAAGCUUAGGGCAACACCCAGGGAAGCAUCAAGGAACAAACCUGCUUUGAAGGAAUUGUCAGGAACAGCACAUUUGCCGAAGGCAAGUGGCUCAGAGCAGGCCCAGAAACCAGCGUCCCCUCCUGGAGAAGCAAGUACCUCUGGAAUGCGCUGUAGAAUAAAAUUGGGACCUAGGAAAAAGAAGAUUGAAGUGAAGAUGUGUAGCCCGCAGGAAAGAAGGGGCCGUAUGUACCAAGAGGCCAGCAAGCCCGAGGAUGAUGACUACCUGUAUUGCGAGAAAUGUCGAAUCUACUUCAUUGACAGCUGUGCUACUCAUGGGCCACCUACAUUUGUAAAGGACAGUGCGGUGGACAAGGGGCACCCCGACCGCUCAGUCCUCACUCUGCCCCCUGGGCUGGUAAUCAGACCCUCAGGCAUCCCUGAGGCUGGGCUCGGAGUGUGGAACGAGGCGUCCGAUUUGCCGCUGGGUCUGAACUUUGGCCCCUUUGAGGGCCAUGUCACAGAAGAUGAAGAGACGACUAAGAACGGAUACACCUGGGAGAUCAAGAAAGGGGGAAACUGCUAUGAGUAUGUGGAUGGAACGGACAAAUCCCAGGCCAACUGGAUGAGUAAGAAACUCCUCAGCCAGCAUGUGGGCAGCAGUCACCCCUGUCAGGUCCUUCCAGGAACAUCAGCAGGAAAUCACCUGCAAUCAGAGGAACCCUGCCCGGAGAAUCUGAUUCAGCAUCAGGGGACACACUCAGGGGAGAAGCCCUAUGUUUGCGGGGAGUGUGGGCGAGGCUUCAGUGAAAACUCAAAUCUCCUCAGACACAAGAGGACACACUCUGGGGAGAAGCCCUAUGUUUGUGGGGAGUGUGGUAAAGGCUUCAGUGUAAACUCAAACCUCCUCAGACACGAGAGGACACACUCAGGGGAGAAGCCCUAUGUUUGCAGGGAGUGUGGGCGAGGCUUCAGUCAAACGUCACAUCUCGUCAUACACCAGAGGACACACUCAGGGGAGAAACCCUAUGUUUGCAGGGAGUGUGGGCGAGCCUUCAUUCGAACGUCACAUCUCAUCCUACACCAGAGGAUACACUCAGGGGAGAAACUCUAUGUUUGUACGCAGUGUGGGCAAAAGUUUACACAAAAAUCAAGUCACAACAGACACCAGAUGAUACACUCAGGGGAGAAGCCUCAUGUUUGCGGGGACUGUGGGCGAGGCUUCUGUGAUAAGUCAAGUCUCGUCAGACACAAGAGGACACACUCAGGGGAGAAACCCUAUGUUUGCAGGGAAUGUGGGCGAGCCUUCAGUCGAAUGUCAUAUCUCAUCAUACACCAGAGGACACACUCAGGGGAGAAACCCUACGUUUGCAGGGAGUGUGGGCAAGCCUUCAGUCGAACGACACAUCUCAGCAUACACCAGAGGACACACUCAGGGGAGAAGCCCUAUGUUUGUACGCAGUGUGGGCAAAACUUUACACAAAAAUCAAGUCACAUCAGACACCAGAAGAUACACUCAGGGGAGAAGCCUCAUGUUUGGAGGAGUAUGAGUGUCAUUCGCAUUAAGUCUCAUGGCAACAGUCACAGGACAAAUGUAGCCACCACACAUUUAUACCCCAGCCUGAGGGGGCUUCAGAGGGAAUCUUCUGACCCCUUACCCCCCAAGAGU